AGGAGGCAUUUCCGCGGUUGGGGAUGGCCGGCCGGCCGGUAGGGCGCAUAGUCAUGGCGGCCGAAGUAGGAUUAGAGGGCGGAGGAGCCCCUGCUGGCUUGAGGCCGGAUGCCGCGACGCAGCGCACUGAGCUUAUGCCACUUUUGGGAGCGGUUCUGCGGCCGGGGGAGUCCUGGUAUCUGAUUGACAGUCGGUGGUUCAAGCAGUGGAAGAAGUAUGUGGGCUUUGAUAGUUGGGACUUGUACAACGUGGGAGAGCCCAACCUCUUCCCAGGACCAAUUGACAACUCCGGACUUUUUACCGAUUCAGAAACUCAAACUUUGAAAGAGCACCUCAUUGAAGAAUUGGAUUAUGUAUUGGUUCCUACUGAAGCUUGGAAUAAAUUAGCAAAUUGGUAUGGUUGUAUGGAGGGACAGAAGCCAAUUGUGAGAAAAGUUGUGGAGUAUGGAUUGUUUGUAAAACACUGUAAAGUAGAGGUUUAUCUUUUGGAACUGAAGCUGUGUCAGAACAGUGAUCUUGCAAAUCUUGUGAGCUCUUAUUUCAGCAAAGCAGAUACUAUUGCUACUAUUGAAAAAGAAAUGCGAAAGCAGUUUAAUAUUCCUGAUGGAAAGGAAGUCAGACUGUGGAACAAAUGUACAAAUAACACUUACGAACAGUUAAGCAAACUGGAUAGCACCAUACAAGAGGCAGGGAUCUAUCAGAGACAGAUAGUGCUAAUAGAAGUGAAAAAUGAAGAUGGUACCUGGCCUAGACAAUCUUCUCUGACCAAAUCAUGCACUGCAACUAGCAGAAAUCUAGCUACCUCUUCAAAAGCACCAGCAACCUCUUGCUCUUCAGUAUCUGCCUCUUCAGUCAUUACAAAUGGUGAUAGCAAUAACUCCUAUGGUUUGAACUGUUCCAGCCUCGGUAAAGGAGGCUCAAGCUUUUCUUAUAGUUCCUACAACAGCAGAGAAAGUCCUCAGUCACAGCCUGGACUCUGUGGGCUCAGUAAUCUAGGAAAUACAUGUUUCAUGAACUCAGCAUUACAGUGUUUGAGUAAUACACCUCCCUUGACUGACUAUUUCUUGGAAGACAAAUAUGAAGCUGAAAUAAAUCAAGACAAUCCUCUAGGAAUGAGAGGAGAAAUUGCAGAAGCAUAUGCAGAACUUAUCAAGCAAAUGUGGUCUGGUGGGAAUUCUCAUGUAGCUCCCCGUAUGUUCAAAACUCAGGUUGGCCGUUUUGCUCCUCAGUUUUCAGGAUACCAACAACAAGAUUCUCAGGAGCUUCUGGCCUUUCUUCUAGAUGGCUUACAUGAGGAUUUAAACCGAGUAAAGAAGAAACCGUAUUUGGAGUUGAAGGAUGCUAACGGGAGGCCUGAUUCGGUGGUUGCAAAAGAAUCCUGGGAGAACCAUCAAUUGCGUAAUGACUCUAUAAUUGUAGAUAUUUUUCAUGGACUCUUCAAAUCCACAUUGGUCUGCCCCAAAUGUUCUAAAAUUUCAGUAACUUUUGAUCCUUUUUGCUACUUAACACUCCCAUUGCCCUUGAAGAAAGAUAGACCCAUGGAGGUGUUCUUGGUGUUUGCAGAUCCACAGCGCAAACCUAUGCAAUUCCGAGUAGUGGUGCCCAUGAUGGGUGGUAUAUCUGAUCUGUGUGAUGCACUGUCCAAACUCUCUGGAAUCCCCGCAGAAAAUAUGGUGGUGACAGAGGUUUAUAAUCACAGAUUCCAGAAAAUUUUCCAAAUGGAUGAAGGCUUAACUCAUAUUAUGCCAAAGGACAACAUAUUUGUAUUUGAAGUUUGUAAGCCAACUGAAGAUAGUGCUGAAUGGGUCACUCUCUCAGUUUACUUCAGAGAAAAGAGAGCAAGGCAAUCCAGUGCUACUCCAGGAACAGUUCUCUACGGUCAACCACUACUCAUAGCUGUACCCAAACACAAACUCACAAUAGAUUACUUGUACAGUGUUAUAUUGGAACGAAUUGGACGCUUUAUAAAAGUUAAUUUAAAAGAAGAAUAUUCUGAUGUGUGUCUGGACAGUGACACCUGCAAUGGCUUCACAGAUAUAUCUGAAGGUGAUGCUGAAGAGAUGGAACAUCAAGAUAGUGAAGAAAGCAAACAGAAAAUAUUGGAUGCAGGUGCCCCUCAGUCUGAAGGCUGUAUCAGGGAGGAGCUGGUGGAAGGGAGGCAGCAUCACAAAAAGCAACUUUUCAGUUUCAGUUUUGUGAAUUCCUACGGGACAUCAGAAAUAAACUGCCUUACCACAGAAGGGAAGAUCCUCAAACUUAGUUCCUACGCAACCGUUGCUAUUGACUGGGAUUCUGAUACCCGGAAGCUGCUUUUCGAUGAACAUGAAGCACAGGCAUUUGAAAAACACAACAGUAUGUUUCAGUCACAGAAAAAGAAAACUGCUGUAGCUCUUAGAGAAUGUAUAGAACUCUUUACAACUAUGGAGACGCUUGGGGAACAUGAUCCCUGGUACUGUCCUAACUGCAAGAAACAUCAGCAAGCCACUAAGAAAUUUGACCUCUGGUCAUUGCCACGCAUUUUGGUAGUACAUUUAAAACGCUUCUCAUACAAUCGAUACUGGAGGGAUAAACUUGACACAGUGGUUGAAUUCCCUAUCAGGGAUUUGAACAUGUCUGAGUUUGUUUGUGAUCCAGCGGCAAGCCCAUAUGUAUAUGACUUAAUUGCUGUUUCCAAUCACUAUGGAGGCAUGGGUGUAGGACACUAUACUGCAUAUGCUAAGAAUAAAAUCAAUGGCAAAUGGUAUUACUUUGAUGAUAAUAGUGUAUCUCCAGCAUCUGAAGAACAAAUAGUAACAAAGGCAGCAUAUGUACUAUUUUACCAACGCAGAGAUGUCAGGCUCAAGGGAAACCAUUCUUUUUACCCAAACAUGGAACCAGAAUCUGAAGAAUGUGAUGGCAUGGAUACUAACUGAAUUUGUGUGGUUAAUCUCUAAUAUUAAAAUGUAUUUGAGAACUUGUUUUGAACUCCCUAUAGGGCUACUGGACAGCACAAGAGGGCUCAGUGAGCAGUGAAAAAUGGAUAAAUAGGGGAAGCAAUAAGAUGGCAAACCCUUGGGAAUACUCUUAACCUAAGAGUUUUUAAUCAAAUUCUAUCUUAACUGUUCAAUAAAAUGUCUAAAUCUGACUUUGUAUUCUUAUGAACAUUGUGUGGGAUUAAGAGUUCCGCUCUAUGGCUGGAACAAUGCAUGUUAAGAAAAAGAUGGUUGUGUUGGUUUGCAAUUCCAAUUGGGCUAUAAAGAAAGAAGUGUCUUUAAUUUUAUGCAUUGUGAAAAGUGUUCAAUCUGGGAGAUACCUGAGUGCUGCAGAAGUGCAACAUAUAGGCAUGAGCUUCGGUCUUGGUUAGCACAUAUUACCACAACAUUAUGUCAGUCCCUUCCUAAUGCAGCAUGAGCAGACUGUUUUUUUAAGAAAGUAUUUCUCCUGGCUCAAAGUCUCCCACCCAGAAAUUACCUAAGAAGUAUUUCAAAAAUAGUCUCCAGGUUUUCAGGCUCAGCGCUGUAAAGCAAUCCUUUAGGAGUAACAUACAGAUAGUUACUUCUUCCCUGUGGCAGUGUUCAAAAAGUCUUCAUAUUCAUCUGGUAGCAAUGUUUUAUGCUCAUUCAACAGCUUUCCUCCAGUUAUGUAAUCAGCACCAUAUAAUGGUCCCAAUCCCUUUCUCUUAUGAAGAGCACAAUAUCCAAUUACUUUGGAUGUGCUUCAGCCCAUUCAAUUUUUUUCCAGUCGUUUUAUUCCUAUUUAUUUGAGUAAUUUCCUUUCUGUUUAGGCAUUUCCACAUCAAUUAAAAGUUACCAAAGAAAAAUGGUCUUGCUGUUCUCCUUUUACCCACAUCCAUCUCGUUAAGCCCUAAUGUAUUUUGGUAGGAGCUUAACUAUACAUAUCCAAACUAAGAGUUUUUGGUCAUCCCCUGGAAUGUCACAUUGUAGUGAAGAGAUUUGUCAUUAACGGAAAUGGCUUUGAAGUCAUAUUAAUAUCUCCAUGAGAUUAUUUCCCUUUGGUGCCAACAGCAUGUUCCAAGAAUUCAUUCAACACCCUCAGAACCAUUGUUUUCACAAAUAGGUUUUAUGUAGGCCUUGCUCUGCAGUAUCACAGGCUAUAGUCACCAGUGAUAUCGCAAUCCAAUAUUAUUUUAGCAGAAUUUAUUAAAUGUGAUCAGGUAUUCUCUGUAGAUUUUAGCAGAGGAAGAGUCACUGCUGCCAGCUUUAUUCUGUUCACUGACAAUCUUCUAAUUAUUACUAUAUAGAUCUGCUGGUGAUUCUUCUAAAGCACUGAAAUUAUUAUUUGGUUGAGUUGCCAGUGCUUCCAGAUUUUUAAAUUGAUUUGAGGUUUUAUCUCAACUGGAUAUUUUUUCUUCCACAUAUGGGGCAGAAAAUAGGGGCUGGAAUUAUUUAAAUGCUAAUGUCAAAUUGCAUUUUAUGGUUUUGCUUUUUUCUGUUUUUCUGGGUUAUAAUUUCUUUUAAAUGUAACAUUUGGAGAGAGAGAUAAAUAUUUAAAUGCAAAAAGCAAUUUUAAUUAAAUGUAACCAUAUGUAUUUCUGUUGCAUAUUGAAGCAAGAAUCUUCAUUGUUUUAAGGAUGAUCAGAGAGCACAUUGAACUAAGUUUCUUCUAAAUGCUGUACAAAUGGUGUUAGGAAUCUUGAUUUGCCUCUGACCAGGCUGGAUCCUAGCUGGUGUGUACAUUCUGUAUAGUAUCAAGAUCAGUUUUUAGACUAGCACUGGAUGGCUUUACUGUGUAAAGGUAAAGAAUAAAAUAAAAAUGGAUUGC